AUGAACAGUGACCGCACUGAAAGUGAACCCCAACCGGGACCAUCUAACGCAAACGCGUCACCGCAACCGGUAGCGUCAUCGCAGCAACGGGCGACAGCCAAUCCAUGGAAUUUCCUCAUGCUAAACGCCAUACGUACGUACGCAACAGCGAACGGCAUUCCGAACGCUAACGAAGUGCCACGCGAUGAACUCAUCAGCGCACUUCAAGCCAGAGGCGCAACGCCACUCAACAUCAUCCUCGGCUCACCGCCGGACUAUCAAACGGGACCAGGGUCUACAGAACUGCUAGCACGGUCGUUGCUGCGCAGACGCGUGGACUACCCGCAUCAGUCGCCCAACGAAAGUAUCGAAAUGUACCUACGAUGCCUGGACACCGCCUUCAAACACGACGGAACGCCAAACUUCACGCGAGUCGACUGUCUAAUCGGGCACUCCCAGCCGAAAGUAGUGGAGGCAGCACAACUCCUAUACGACCAAGGAUUCAUGGACUACGACGUCAUCGUGGAGAAGCUCAAAGCCAGGUUUGGUCUAUCACCAUUUGAACACUUUACCAGGUUCCAGCAGUUCCGACCGGCGUCCGACGAGCUAUUUUCACAGUUCGGUCCACGCCUACGCGACGAAUACCUCCGAUAUCUCGCCUUACCACCCAACGAGGUUGGGCUACAUGAGACCUCCAUCACGCGGGCCCUUAUCGGACAACUAUUGUCCAUCACCACCGGCGGGCUCCACGCCCAACUACACGCGCGGGCGACAGCCAACCGUUCCCUCACAUGGGAUGAAUGCCUGGCGAUAGCCGACGAAUACAGACGGACUCAUCCGGCUCCACCAAAACCGGCCGCAUCACCGGCACCGCAAUCACCCGCCAACCGCCCGCCCAAGACGACGGCAUCCGGAGUCACGAAAUACUACUGCGAAAAUCAUCAGCGGACAUACCGCAGCAACAUGUCCGGGAAACGGGAAGAUUGGGCAGUGACGGCUGUCCUCUGCUCGAUCCCCACGCCCACAGACGACAGCCUGACCAUCAUCAUCACUAUCAAAAACAAACAGGUGACCGCCCUGAUCGACACCGGAGCGACAAAAUUGUUCAUGGCGACGGACGUCGCCGAGGAAGUCGGCCUGUCUCCGCAUCCGACCCAAGCGAGGAUAUCCGCAGCAGUUCUUCACGUAUCCACGACCGUCAGUCACGCAGUGAGUACUGUUUUUACUCUUGGAUGGGCCGCGUACGAAGCCACCUUCUUACUACUCUCCAACACGCACUACCCUGUUAUCCUCGGGCUUGACACGCUGAAGAAUCUCCCUUUCUGCGUCACCCUCGACGGCCAGCGAGUUUUUUCCGGAUUUCAGCAGAUUAAACCUAUUAACGAAGCCCCGACAGCGCCGAUAGGCGAGGGCAUCACAUUCGUACAUGGAACGCCCGCAGAGCAACAACAGAUCGCGGCACUCCUGCGGCGCUACGCCCCUAACAUCUUUCAGUGGAGCGGUAAACACGGACUCUUCCCGCAGCACGUUGCAUUGCUACCAACCAACGGUGAAGACCCCGAACCCAGUCGCCGCAUACGGCUCUCCCCAGACAAGCGGCCAUCGCUCCAACACAUCAUUGACAAUUACACCCACGCGGAGUCCAUCAACUUUCUCGGUCACAUUGUCGACAAACCGGGCACACGCCCUGCGGAAGAGCACCUCAAAGCCGUCCAGGCCUUCCCACAACCGGCAACCACACGCCAGAUGCAGCGAUUCCUGGGCCUUGCCACCUACCUACAAGCCCAUGUGCCGACCAACUUCGCACAAUUGGAGAAAGUCCUACGACUAACAAUCCCAGUCAAACCGGCGACAGCCAUCAUAUGGUCACCAGAGGCGACUGACGCGUUCGAAGCGCUAAAACAAGCAAUAGCAAACGCCGCUCGGCUGGAACGGUUCGACCCAGCAUGGGACACCGAGAUCCACUGCGAUGCGUCCCCAUCCGCAAUAGGGGCCAUCCUCGUCCAAAUUGACCCAGAAGGACAACCCCACAUCAUGGAGUACGCGAGUCGGGUCCUAACCCCCGCGGAAAUACGCUACUCCAACACGCAGCAAGAGCUGCUGGCAGCGGUCUGGGCGACGACCAAAAAAUUCUGCCACUAUGUCGAACAUCGGCACUUCAAG